AUGGGAUUUUGGGGAAUUGAAGUAAAACCGGGCGAACCAUAUGGUUAUCAAUCCGAUGAAUUUAAAGGAAGGCUUCACAUUACUCAGGCGACUUUAGGCCUUGGUGAAUCGAAGGAGAGGAGCAUAGUUCAGUGCUCCAUGGGAUAUAAGAGUCCCAUCUUUUUGUGUUCCUUGUUACCAAAUAAGAACGAAUCAUGUCCGUUGGAUCUUGAAUUCGAGGGUGUUGAUGGUUUGAUAGACUUCUCGGUGAUUGGCAAGCGGAGUGUCCAUCUCUCUGGUUACUUUGUGGAUGAUGACAGAGAUGCCAGAGAUGACUAUGAAUCGGAUUCUUUUGGGGAGGAUAUUGCUGAAACUGAGUCGGAGUCAUCAGAAUACGACAGUGACGAUGCUUAUGAUGAUGGAUUUAUUGACGAUGAAGAUCUGGACAUUUACCCGCCUUCACCUGUUCCCAAUAGUGGAGUUGUAAUUGAGGAGAUAGAGGAUGAUGAGAAACCUACGAAUGGAAACAGCCAGUCCAAACGACUACUAAAAAAGAAUAAAUCAAGUUGCUUGGAGGACAAAAACUUUCAACAUCAAAUUGUUUCCAAGAGAAAUGCUGGCGUCCCUGUUCUGGAGAGUGAAGAUGAAGAUGGCUUUCCAAUAUCCACCAAGCAGAAAAGCAACUUCCAUAUUGAGAAGCCUGAAGCAGCAACAGAACAGGAAGAAAACAAAAUAUCUGAGAAAAGCAAGAAAAAGAAAGUGAAAGAUGGUGAUGAUACUGCUGGGUUAAAAAGGAAAGUUGAAGAUGUUGACCAAGAUGGUCAGCCAGAAAGGCGAAAGAAAAAUAAGAAGAAGAAGAAGCUGAGAGAGCAAGCUAAAGAGGGAAAUGCAGGUGAAGUCAAUGCUUGCACUGACAAUGAAAAGCAACCUGAGAUCUACAAGAGCCAAGACAUUAACCAGGCGUUGCCAGUUAAGAAGAGCUCUGACAUCAACAUGGAUUCUUUUCCUGGUGAAAAUCACACAGAGGAGAAAAAGAAAAAGAAAAAGAAGAAGAAAACCCAGGAGAGUGGAACAAAAGUGGAUCAAACUGUUGCUAACACGGAAGAUCCAAAUGAACCUACUUGGGAGAAAACCAAUGGCAAGCCAUCUAAAGUGAGAACCUUUGGAAAUGGAUUUGUUAUCGAGGACCUAUCUAUGGGCCAACCAGAUGGCAAAAGAGCUUCUCCAGGACAAAAGGUCAGUGUUCGCUACAUCGGCAAGCUAAAGAAUGGAAAAAUAUUUGAGUCAAACGUGGGAGGACCACCCAUCCAAUUCCGUUUAGGUAUAGGUCAAGUUAUAUCGGGCUGGGAUGUUGGGGUUAAUGGUAUGCGUGUUGGGGACAAAAGAAGACUCACUAUUCCACCAGAAAUGGGUUAUGGACAUAAACGUAAUGGAAAAAUACCACCAAACUCAUGGCUUGUGUUUGAUGUUGAGUUGGUUGCUGUUAAUUGA